AUGAAUUCCACGGACCCAGCUAAUACCACGGACCAAUCGCCUCGGCAGCCUAAAGCUGUUGUUUUCGACCUUCUCACUGCUUUGUUGGAUUCAUGGACCCUUUGGGACCAGUCCACGCCAUCUGGAACGCAUGACGAAGGCAUGCUAUGGCGCCAGCGCUACCUCGAAGUCACCUUUGGCACCAACAAGUAUGUUCCUUAUGAGUCGUUGGUAGCCAAGGCGGCGCAAGACGUUGGCCUCCCAUCGUCGGCACCAGAGGCUCUUUUGGCCAAUUGGAGGCAGCUAAAGCCGUGGCCAGAGGUGCCUGGCGUGCUAGAGAGGCUAAAGGCAAAGGGAUACAAGCUUGGUGUGGUCACCAACUGCUCCGUGCGUCUGGGACGCAUAGCGGCUCACCAGGCCGGUCAAGGCAUUUUCGACGCUGUUGUCACAGGCGAGGAGAGCGGCUACUAUAAGCCCACGGCUGAAGCAUACCGUGCCAUCUUGGAGCCUCUGGGUGUUGAAGCCAAGGAUGUCUUAUUCGUCGCAGGCAGCGCGGGAGAUGUCGCCGGUGCUACUCGUGCCGGUAUGAAGGUGGUUUGGCAUAACAAGAUUGGUCUGCCAGCACGAGAUGAUGUCCAGCCGAUGCGCGAGGCUACUACACUAGAUGAAGCACUGGUCGACUUUUUAUGA